CCUGCUCCCUCCAGCCGUCAGCUGACUUGGAGGGCCGGAGGUGGCGGCGGCGGCGGCGGCGGCUGCGGCGGUGGCGCCGGCCCGCGUCGAGGCUCGCGGGCGGCGGGCCCCGGUGAGUGCACACCCGGCGCGCGGCAGGGCUCCCGGAUGUGUCAACUUGUCCCGCUGCAGCGAAGAUGCCGGGGGAGCGGGGUCUUCCACACCCCCUCUGUGAGUGUGUGACUUGUGCAUCAUGAACAAUUUUGCCGAGGGAGAUUUCACUGUGGCAGAUUGUGCCUUGUUAGAAGAUUGCCCUUACGUGGACGUGGAUGAUUGUGUGUUUGCUGCUGAAUUUAUGACCGAUGAUUAUGUUCGUGUGACUCAGCUUUACUGUGAUGGGGUGGGUAUGCAAUAUAAAGAUUAUGCUCAAAGUGAGAGAAAUUUAGAAUUUGACAUCUGCAAUAUAUGGUGUAACAAACCAGUUUCUGUCCUACGAGAUUAUUGUGAUGCCAUCAAAAUAAAUAUCUUCUGGCCACUUCUGUUUCAACAUCAGAACAGUUCUGUAAUUUCACGAUUGCAUCCCUGUGUGGACGCCAACAAUUCACGUGCUUCUGAGAUAAAUUUGAAGAAAUUACAACAUCUUGAGUUGAUGGAAGAUAUUGUGGAUUUGGCAAAGAAAGUUGCUAAUGAUUCAUUCCUUAUUGGAGGCUUAUUGAGAAUUGGUUAUAAAAUAGAAAAUAAAAUCUUGGUAAUGGAAGAAGCUCUGAAUUGGAUAAAAUAUGCAGGAGAUGUAACAAUCCUAACUAAAUUAGGAUCAAUUGACAAUUGUUGGCCUAUGUUAAGUAUUUUCUUUACUGAAUACAAGUACCACAUAAUUAAAAUUGUAGUAGAAGACUGCAAUUUGCUUGAAGAACUUAAAACCCAAAGUUGUAUGGAUUGUAUAGAGCAAGGAGAACUAAUGAAAAUGAAAGGAAAUGAAGAGUUUUCCAAAGAAAGAUUUGAUAUAGCUAUUAUCUAUUACACCAGAGCCAUUGAAUAUAGACCUGACAACCACCUUCUUUAUGGUAACCGAGCUCUUUGUUUUCUUCGUACUGGACAGUAUAGAAAUGCCCUCAGUGAUGGAAAGAGAGCCAUUAUUCUGAAGAGCACUUGGCCAAAGGGUCAUUAUCGUUAUUGUGAUGCUCUUUCUAUGCUGGGGGAAUAUGACUGGGCCCUGCAAGCAAACAUUAAAGCUCAAAAACUCUGUAAAAAUGACCCUGAGGGAAUCAAGGAUCUAAUUCAGCAGCAUGUAAAGUUACAAAAACAAAUAGAAGACCUGCAAGGUCGAACAGCAAAUAAGAAUCCAAUUAAAGCCUUUUACGAAAACAGAGCCUAUAUACCUAGGAGUUUAUCAGGACGUAUAUUUAGUACUUCACUUAACUUUGUGGAGAAGGAAAGAGAUUUCAGAAAAAUUAAUCACAAAAUGGCAAACGGUGGUAAUCAGAAUCCAAAGGUGGUGGAUGAGGCAAUGAAGGUAGAUGAUUGUGACUGUCAUCCUGAAUUUUCACCACCACCAAGUCAGCCUCCAAAACAUAAAGGAAAACAAAAGUCUCGAAACAAUGAAUCAGAGAAGUUCAGUUGUAGUUCACAAUUGACUUUACCAGCAGAUUUGAAGAACAUCUUGGAGAAACAGUUUUCUAAAUCUUCCAGAGCUGCACACCAGGAUUUUGCUAAUAUAAUGAAAAUGCUGAGAAGCUUAAUUCAAGAUGGCUAUACAGCUUUAUUGGAGCAGCGAUGCCGCAGUGCUGCACAGGCCUUUACAGAGUUACUGAAUGGUUUAGAUCCUCAAAAAAUAAAGCAACUGAACCUGGCCAUGAUUAACUAUGUCUUGGUUGUCUAUGGACUUGCCGUUUCUCUCCUUGGAAUAGGGCAGCCUGAGGAAUUAUCUGAAGCUGAAAACCAGUUUAAGAGGAUUAUUGAACACUACCCCAAUGAGGGACUUGACUGCCUGGCCUACUGUGGAAUUGGAAAAGUAUAUUUGAAAAAAAACAGAUUUCUAGAAGCUCUCAAUCACUUUGAGAAAGCAAGAACCUUGAUUUAUCGUCUUCCUGGAGUGUUAACUUGGCCCACAAGUAAUGUGAUUAUUGAAGAGUCUCAGCCAGAAAAAAUAAAGAUGCUGUUAGAGAAAUUUGUUGAAGAAUGCAAGUUCCCUCCAGUGCCAGAUGCCAUUUGUUGCUAUCAGAAGUGCCAUGGAUAUUCUAAGAUCCAGAUUUACAUAACUGAUCCAGACUUUAAGGGUUUUAUUCGAAUCAGCUGUUGCCAGUACUGUAAAAUAGAAUUUCACAUCAAUUGCUGGAAGAAGUUAAAAACUACAACCUUUAAUGACAAAAUUGACAAGGAUUUUCUUCAAGGAAUAUGUCUUACCCCUGACUGUGAAGGUAUCAUUUCUAAGAUUAUCAUCUUCAGCAGUGGUGGUCAAGUUAAAUGUGAAUUUGAACACAAGGUCAUAAAAGAAAAGGUUCCUCCAAGACCUAUUCUGAAACAGAAAUGUUCUAGCCUAGAGAAACUAAGACUGAAAGAAGACAAAAAAUUGAAGAGAAAGAUCCAAAAGCAAGAAGCAAAAAAAUUAGCACAAGAAAGAAUGGAGGAGGACUUAAGAGAAAGUAAUCCACCCAAAAACGAAGAGCAGAAAGAAACUGUAGACAAUGUUCAGCACUGUCAGUUCAUUGAUGACAGAAUUCUACAGUGUAUAAAGCAGUAUGCAGACAAGAUUAAAUCCGGCAUACGGAAUACAGCCACGCUUCUCAAAGAAUUGCUUUCUUGGAAAGUUUUGAGCACAGAAGACUAUACAACCUGUUUUUCUAGCAGAAAUUUUCUAAAUGAAGCAGUAGACUAUGUUAUUCGUCACUUGAUUCAAGAAAAGAACAGAGUAAAGACAAGGAUAUUUCUGCAUGUUUUAAGUGAGCUUAAAGAAGUGGAGCCCAAAUUAGCCACCUGGAUCCAAAAACUUAAUAGCUUUGGCUUAGAUGCCACAGGACCUUUCUUUUCUCGUUAUGGAGCAUCUCUUAAACAGCUUGAUUUUAGCAUCAUGACUUUCCUCUGGAAUGAGAAAUAUGGUCAUAAACUAGCCUCUAUUGAAGGAAAGAAACUUGAUUAUUUCUAUGAGCCAACGUCAUUGAAGGAAGCCCGUUGUUUAAUAUGGUUGCUGGAAGAACACAGAGACAAGUUCCCAGCAUUGCAUAGUGCAUUAGAUGAGUUCUUUGAUAUAAUGGACAGCCGCUGUACUGUGUUAAGGAAACAAGACAGUGGUGAAGCACCGUUUAGUUCUACCAAGGUGAAAAACAAAGGCAAGAAAAAGAAGCCAAAGGAUUCAAAGCCUAUGUUAGUUGGGUCUGGAACAACUUCAGUAACUUCAAAUAAUGAGAUCAUCACUUCGAGCGAAGACCAUAACAAUCGAAAUUCAGAUUCUGCAGGCCCAUUUGCAGUGCCUGACCAUCUUCGACAAGACGUAGAAGAAUUUGAAGCUCUCUAUGACCAACACAGUAAUGAAUAUGUUGUCCGCAAUAAGAAGCUUUGGGACAUUAACCCAAAACAAAAAUGUUCGACUCUAUAUGAUUACUUCUCUCAGUUGUUGGAGGAACAUGGUCCCUUGGACAUGAGUAACAAGAUGUUCUCUGAAGAAUAUGAGUUUUUCCCAGAAGAAACUCGACAGAUACUAGAAAAAGCAGGAGGCUUAAAAUCUUUCCUCUUGGGAUGUCCUCGUUUUGUGGUGAUCGACAACUGUAUUGCAUUGAAGAAAGUUGCGUUACGGCUCAAGAAAAAAAGAAAGAAGAAAAACAUUAAAACAAAAGUAGAAGAAAUUUCAAAAACAGGAGAGUAUUUACGAGUUAGACUACCACUGAAUCCAGCUGCUAGGGAAUUUAAACCAGAUGUAAAAUCUAAACCAGUGUCCGAUACAGCUUCAGCAACAGCUUCUGAGGCUGUGAAACCCAAACCUGUGUCUGCAAAUUCUCCCAAACCAGCUUGUGAAGAUGUGAAGCCCAAACCGGUAUCCAAUAAUUCUUCUAGACAAGUUUCUGAGGAUGGGAAACCCAAAGGGGUCUCUUCUAAUUCUCCCAAACCAGUCUCUGAGGAUGCAAAUUACAAGCGACUCUCCUCUAAUUCUCCCAAACCGCUUCUUGAGGAUAUGAAACCAACUUAUUGGGCACAAUCCCAUUUGGUCACAGGAUACUGUACGUAUCUUCCUUUCCAGGGAUUUGACAUCACCCAGACACCGCCAGCAUACAUAAACGUGUUACCAGGUUUGCCCCAGUACACCAGCAUAUAUACACCCUUGGCCAGCCUUCCUCCUGAAUAUCCGCUGCCAAGAUCAAUACCAGUGGUGCCGUCUUUUGUAGCCAAUGACAGAGCAGAUAAAAAUGCUGCUGCCUAUUUUGAGGGUCAUCAUUUGAAUGCUGAGAAUGCUGCUCGUCACCAGAUUGCCUCCGAAACACAGAUCCUUGACGCCUCUUCGGGAAUAUCUGUAAAGUCACAGUGCAGCACAGGUGAUGCUGAUACAGUCCUGAGUGAGUCUAACAGAAAUGAUGGGCACUGUGGCAAUUCUAACAACAAAUUUGAAGUCCUUCCAGAAAACACCAGCACAGUAACAAAUAUUCCACACAUGCAGAUGGUUGCCAUACAGGUAUCCUGGAACAUAGCACACAAAGAAGUCAAUACUGAGCCAUAUAACCCUUUUGAGGAACAUCAAGGAGAAAUUUCACGGAUUGAAAAGGAGUACCAAGUAUUACAAGAGCAGCUUAAAGAAGCAUAUGAAAAUUAUGAGCAGAUAAAACUUAAGGGCUUAGAAGAGACCAGGGACCUGGAAGAAAAGUUGAAAAGGAACUUAGAAGAAAACAAGAUCUCAAAGACGGAAUUAGAUUGGUUUCUUCAAGAUUUGGAAAGAGAAAUUAAAAAAUGGCAACAGGAAAAAAAGGAAAUACAAGAGAGACUAAAACCACUGAAGAAGAAAAUUAAAAAGAUUUCAAAUGCCAGUGAAAUGUAUGCCCAGAAAAAUGAUGGAAAGGAUAAGGAACAUGAAUUACAUCUGGAUCAGUCCCUUGAAAUCAGCAACACAUUUACAAACGAGAAAAUGAAAAUAGAAGAGUGUAUAAAGAAAGGGAAAGAAGAUUGUGAAGAGAGUCGUCAGAGAGCUGUGGCUGCAGAGGUAUCCAUCCUUGAAAACUGGAAGGAGAGUGAAGUGUAUAAGCUACAGAUCAUGGAGUCACAAGCAGAAGCCUAUCUUAAGAAGCUGAAGCAGAUUAGCCGUGAUUCUGCAGCAUAUCCUGACAUGGAGUCUGAUAGAUGUUCGUGGGAAUUGUUUCUUUCUAAUGUUACAAAAGAAAUUGAGAAAGCAAAGUCUCAAUUUGAAGAACAAAUUACGGCAAUUAAAAAUGGUUCUCGGCUCAGCGAACUUUCUAAAGUGCAGAUUUCUGAGCUUUCAUUUCCCGCCUGUAACAUGGCUCAUGCCGAGUUACUCCCCGACUCUUCAGGCGUCGAUGACCAGGGGCUUGUGACUUCUGCAAGCAACAUGACUGGAAGCCACGCAGCAGUUCACGGGGAUCCCAGUGUGUUCUCUGCCUGCGAUUCCCCAGAGGAGGCUCCUCCUGCACUUUUGCCAGGGCCACCCCCUAGUCAGCCUGAAGCCACUCAGCUGCCAGGGCCAAAAAGGGCUGGCCAGGCAGCUGUGUCAGAGCAAAGCCCUGUGGCUAAUCAGAAGCAACGUGUUCCUCCAGGACGUGCUGCACGUUCAAGCCAGUCUCCAAAAAAGCCGUUCAAUAGUAUUAUUGAGCACCUGUCAGUGGUAUUCCCAUGUUACAACAGCACCGAGCUUGCUGGUUUUAUUAAAAAAGUGCGAAGCAAAAACAAGAACUCACUCUCAGGAUUAAGUAUUGAUGAAAUUGUCCAAAGAGUGACAGAACACAUUCUGGAUGAACAGAAAAAGAAAAAGCCAAACCCAGGAAAGGACAGGAGGACAUGUGAGCUCAGCUCUGCCGCCCCUGUGACCAGGUCCUCCCAGGGCCCACCCUCGGCGAUUGUCGCACCGUCACCCAAAACCAAGGGGCAGAAAGCAGAAGAUGUCCCUUUGAGGGUUGCACCAGCUGUGAGUUCCUGUGAAAUAUGCCAUGAGGUCUUCAAAUCAAAAAAUGUGCGAGUGCUCAAAUGCGGGCACAAGUAUCACAAAGGGUGCUUUAAGCAGUGGCUUAAAGGGCAGAGCACUUGCCCGGCCUGCCGGGGUUGUGAUCUCCUGUCGGAAGAGUAGCAGCCUGCACCUUCUGGAAGAGGCUGGCCCACUGAGAAUCGGGAGCUGCCUUCCUGGGGAGUCACACUUCACUAAAGCUCAUCCACUGGCAUGUUGAAUCGAAGGAAUGACAAUUUCCUACCACUGGUGUAAAAAGCAAACAUUUGAAGACCCUUGUGCGUUGUGCGUCACAAAGCUCAAUACGUGGAAGUCGCUAACAUAGUUGAUACCGAGUAAUUUCCCCACUCUGAGUAAAUUCUUUGAUGAUGGCCAAGCAGUGGCUAAUAGAAUGAUGGCUGCCACAUUCAUGGGUCGCGGUGGGGGGGGCGGCUGCACAGAGCUCUUUGAGAUGGGUGUCUUCCUUUGGGAAGUAUCGCAAGCACCUCAAAGCAGUAUUCUAGUGAUAAGAAUUCUUAAUAUAUUCAAGCGCCCCACAUUUGUUAGUUACCCUUUUGUGUUUGAAAACCCUGUUCUAGUAGCUUGCAAGAGAGACGAUACUGACUUUUUAAAAUUUUUACAUGAGUCCGUAUUCCUGAAAAUAUGCCUACAUUUUUCCUCAAAGAGUCUGCAUUUUAAGAAUGGGAAUAAGCAAACUACAUUUUAAUAAUUUAAGUUAAUGUUAAAAUAUUGGCUGACUUAGACCAAGAUUCAAAUCUCCUCUUUGUGGAAUGCCAUGUGCUUUUCAUUUUUUAUAUUUUAUGUUCCCCCUGAUAAAUUGUUUACUUUUCAUCUUUUAUAGCUGUAAUCUGAUUUUCAAAAAUCACUUACAAAACACUUUUUAAUUAGUAUUGACUAAAAUUUGAGCCCCCUGGAGCCGAGGCUGUGUCCAUCGUCCCAGCCCCCGGUUGGAGCCUGCUGUUGGAACUCCACUGCCUCCUCAGCAGCUUCUGUUCUUUUGUGAGUCAGUCAGCAAGUGCUUGGGGGCCGCAUCUAGUUGUGCUGAGCACACAACGGGCUGUGUGUGGAAACGGCCACCGUCAUUCUCCUUCCCCACCCACCACAAAAAAAGAAGCUGUGCGUUUAGACAACCCUGAAGUGUCUGUGUUACAAUUGUCCUGUGUUUGACAUUUUGUAAAGUAAUGCAUGCAAUCUUAUAUUGUGGCCUAAGAGCAAACAUUAGAAACCAUGGAAAAAUUAGAUAUUGUUUUGUGACUUGUAGACAGUGGUAAACCUAGAACCGUGAAUUCUGGACACAUUCCAUUUCUCUCCGACACGAAGGAUCAAAAAAUGUUUUUCAGUGUGUUCUUUGUUCCACUGGAAACUUAAAGAGUAAUGAAUUUAUGAGCUGAUUUUGUCACCUUCAUCUGCCUUUGUUCACUGUGAGUUCUGAUGUCUUAGUGACUUAGUUCGUAGAAGCUCAUGCCUUAGUUUGAAACAGAUUGUCCAUGGUGGUUCCGAAAACGUUUUCUGAAUAUUCAUGAGAAUAGAGCGCUGUAGGUGUUAACGUGCAUAAGGACCAGUUUGCAGUGCAAGUACAAAAGGAGACGAGGAGCAUCUGUUGAAUGGGUGUGUUUUGUACAUAACUUCAGACACUUGUGAACAUGCCUUAUAUUUGUCCAGUAACUGUCAGAAUAAAGAACAUUCUAAAAUGAG